CGGUCACGUGCGCGGGAGUGCGAACUACAAGAGAACCCGAGGGGAGGGGGCGCGCGGAGCGGACCGCGGCUGGUCGAAAAGGGUUGCGCCGCUGCCGGCCUCGCGCCGCCGCCCGAAGCGAGAUGAACACAGAGGCAGAACAGCAGCUUCUCCACAAUGCUAGAAAUGGACACAGUGAAGACAUCAGGCAGCUGCUGGGAACUAUGGACAAAGGAGAGGCCAUCUUUAACAUCAACUGCAAAGGCAGAAGCAAAUCUAACUUGGGAUGGACACCUCUUCAUCUUGCAUGCUAUUUUGGGCACACCAGUGUUGUCAAGGAUUUGCUGAAGGCUGGUGCUGAAGUAAAUGUAUUAAAUGACAUGGGAGAUACCCCACUGCAUCGUGCAGCCUUCACUGGGCGCAAGGAGGUAGUUAUGCUGCUUUUGGAAUACGAAGCCGAUACUUCCAUUGUUAACGGGAAUGGGCAAACUGCAAAAGAUGUUACACAUGAUAAAGAAAUAAGAGAGAUGCUGGAAGCUGUAGAAAGGACUCAAGAAAGAAAACUUGAAGAACUCCUCCUGGGAGCUGCACGUGAAGGAGAAACUGAAAAACUCACAGCACUGUUAAACAGGUCAAAUUCUCCUGACAUCAACUGUACUGAUCAGGUGGGAAAUACACCAUUACAUUGUGCAGCAUAUCGUGGCCAUAAGCAGUGUGCUUUGAAGCUCCUAAAAUCUGGAGCAGACUCCAAAAUAAAGAACAAAAAUGGUCAGACACCCCUUGCUUUAGCCCAAGGUGCAGAAAUGAAACACAUACUUGAAGGGGGCAUUGGGAAGGUGAGCAACAAACCUCUGAAACGAUAUGAAGGACUGCUCUGGAAGAGUUCAAGAUUUUUUGGUUGGAAGCCAUAUUGGGUAGUACUGGAACAUGGAGUCCUCUCCUGGUACCAAAAACAGGCUGAUAUUGGGAACAGUAAUCGCCGCCAAGGAUGCAAGCACUUAACGCAAGCCAUUUGCACAGUAAAAAGUGCAGAUGGCAACCUGUUCUCAAUCAAAUGCUUUGAUAAUACGGUUCACAGUUUUAAAGUUCCCAAGACCAAUCAACAGUCAAGAGAGAACUGGGUACAGGCAAUAGAAGACCAUUCAGCAUACAGCACACACUAUUGUACUCAGGAACAACUGAGCGAUGAAGAAGAGGAGGAUGACACAAUAUCAGUUGCUGAGCUACAAGCUUCCCUCAAAGUUGCACAGUCAUGGCAACAAAGACUUGAUAAAGAGAUUUCUGGAUUCCUCACCGUAAUUAGGUCAUGUGACACUUCUCAAGGAAUGCCUACUUCGUUUCUCAAGAAGGCUGAAGAGGUUUCUGAAACAUCAAGAGAAACUUGUGAAGCACUGAGCAAUUGUCUCAAACUCUUCACUAAGCAAGAAGGGGUGAGGAAUCUGAAACUGGAGCACGAGCAAGAGAAAAACAAGAUCUUAUCUGAAGCUCUAGAAACACUAGCUACUGAACACCAUGAAUUAGAGCAGUCACUGGUCAAAGGGUCACCACCUCUGAGCAUCUUUAGUGAGGAACAGUUCUAUGAUGCUGUUUCAGAUUCAGAAUCCGAAAAAUCAUUGAGUGGAUUUGAAACUGUGACAACUUACUCAUUAGAAGACAGUGUGGAUUCUAGUGACACUCUAACAUCUGACAUGUCUGGAGAAAAGACCUGUAAAACUGGAGAGACUCUGUCAAAUGGCAUCAAAAAACACAGGACAAGCUUGCCUUCUCCAAUGUUUUCCAGAAAUGAUUUCAGUAUUUGGAGCAUCUUAAGAAAAUGCAUUGGAAUGGAGCUGUCGAAGAUCACUAUGCCAGUCAUUUUUAAUGAGCCACUGAGUUUCCUACAGCGACUGACAGAAUAUAUGGAGCAUACAUACUUAAUUCAUAAGGCCAGUUCGCUUUUGGACCCGGUUGAAAGAAUGCAGUGUGUAGCUGCCUUUGCUGUUUCAGCUGUUGCCUCUCAGUGGGAACGUACAGGAAAGCCGUUCAACCCAUUACUUGGAGAGACGUAUGAACUGGUCAGAGAGGACCUUGGAUUCAGACUCAUCUCAGAGCAAGUUAGUCAUCACCCACCAAUCAGUGCUUUUUAUGCUGAAGGACUGAGCAAUGACUUUGUGUUUCAUGGUUCUAUUUAUCCUAAACUAAAGUUCUGGGGAAAGAGUGUUGAAGCAGAACCCAAAGGGAUAAUAACUUUGAAACUUCUUGAACAUAAUGAAGCAUACACAUGGACAAAUCCUACAUGCUGUGUGCAUAACAUUAUUGUGGGCAAGCUUUGGAUUGAGCAGUAUGGGAAUAUGGAAAUAACCAAUCACAAAACUGGUGAAAAAUGCAUGUUAAACUUCAAGCCCUGUGGCCUUUUUGGGAAGGAAUUGCACAAAGUAGAAGGUUACAUUCAGGAUAAAAGCAAAAAGAAGCUUUGUGCACUCUAUGGAAAAUGGACUGAGUGUUUGUAUAGUGUUGAUCUUGCAACAUUUGAAGCUUACAAAAAGAAUGACAAGAAGAACACAGAAGAGAAGAAAAACAACAAGCAGACGGGCAGUUCUGAUGAACCAGAUGAGAUGCCCUUGCCAGAUUGUGAAAGUGUGUGUGUUAUACCUGGAAGUGUGUUGUUAUGGAGGAUAGCCCCAAGGCCUUCUAACUCAACACAGAUGUACAACUUCACUACUUUUGCUAUGUCUCUGAAUGAAUUGGAUCAAGAAAUGGAAAGUGUUAUUCCUAAAACGGACUGUAGGCUAAGGCCAGAUAUAAGAGCUAUGGAAAAUGGUGACAUAGAUGUAGCAAGUGAAGAAAAGAAGAGGCUUGAAGAAAAACAAAGAGCUGCUCGUAAAAACAGGUCAAAGUCAGAGGAAGACUGGAAGACAAGUCAGCCAGUGGCCCAGGGACCCAGGUGGUUCCAUCAAGGGCUGAAUCCAUACACCAGUGGACAUGACUGGCUUUACUCUGGGAACUACUGGGACAGAAACUAUUUCAGCUUGCCUGAUAUUUAUUAAGCUGUAUCGGGAAGUCCAAGACUAACACAAACAAGUCUUAAUCAGUUUUCAGUGUUUUCCUUUGUUCCUGUACUCUUAGGGAAAAAACCACCCCUGAAUUUUAACUGAAUGUACUAUAUUCAGCAGCUUCUGCAGCAAUUAUGGUAGCACAAGUUUAUUGGGAGGAGUUUUUGUCCACUCCCCUAUAUUAAACCAUGUAUAAUAUGCAUAUACCACAUCCGUUACAGGGAGAAAGAGCACUACCUAUAUUUGCUGAAGAAAACAGUGCAACUCAUGUUCCGUCCCACCCAGGUCAAAUAGAAAAUAGAAACCCUUUAGGUUUUCUGUCUUUCUCUUUGGUCAGUGAUAAUCUGCUCACAUAAUGGAAAUGUGAAGCCUCUUAUGAAACAAAUAUCAAAAGCACACUCGGGAAAUGCAAUACUACCAUGGCUUGGAGGCAGAGAAGGGCCUGCCACUCUUAAGAAGUACUCAACUUUCUGAAAGUAACGUUCCAUUGCUUCAUAAAAUACUGGAUUAUAGAUUAUUAGCCUCAGAAUGUUACUCUCUCUGCACCAGCCUGCCCUUCCCAUUCAUCUCCAGAUACUAAGUAGGAUUAACUGGUAUAAAAUACUCAGAAAUGUCUAUUCCAUGUUUAGUGCAGUGUUUUGAAUUUGCUCUUAAAACUUUUAUUACCAUGCUCAAAUCUUUAUGGAAUUAAGAGCCAUUUAACUAAAAUGAAGGUUGGUUUUUUUUUAAAUCUGCAAUUCACUUAAGAUGUGCUCAGCACUAUCAUAGGUGGGAGGAACUGGUCCUAAGCAACAGCAUGGAUAUUUCAAAUGUAUCUGGGUAUUUGCUGUCAGAAGCAAACUCUCAAAGGAAGUUGUGCACAUUUCAAAGCCAGCAAGGCAGCUCUGAAACUACUGUACACAGCAGAUUUACCCCUUUGUUUGGGGUACAUUAAACUUUAUGGGAUUAUAUAUUUGUAUAAAACUGAGUACAUAAAUUCCAGAGGGCUUGCUGCUCUUGUAUAAUUUAAUUGCUGUUUGGAAGUAUAGUGUUAACUGAAUAAUUUAAUUGCUAUUAAUAAAGACUUUAAACUGCC